AUGAAGAAAAUUUGGAAAGCCGGAUUCGUUCGGUUGCUUCUUGUUGGAGGCAUUGUGUGGAUGCUACUCAUUCUUGUUGCACUGCUCUUUCAUGUUUGGUCAUGUCAAUCUUCACUUUCGUUCUUCUCAGCUAUAUGCAACAAAGAAGGCAGACUGUAUGUGAUGUUAGACACGAUUGGAUUCGUACCAAAACCGCAGCACCGAUGCCCCAUCCCGGUGGCCUAUGACCCUGAUAAGGUGCUCCUUCCCAGUGGAAAGACCCAAGACACAAUAGUCACGAAUCUGACCUACAUUACACAGGAUGAAUCCUCUCAUUCUCCGUUUCCUCUGUUUGGCGGCAACAUUAGCUGGUCUCAACGAGAAGAAAGCUUUAAACUGAAACCUGAGAUGAUGGUCCAUUGCGGAUUCAUGCCAGGGGGUGGGGCAGAAAUGUCAUCUCUGGAUAAACAACACGUAAAGAAAUGUAGGUUUGUGGUUGCGACAGGGAUUUUCGAUGCUUAUGAUGAACCCCAUCAGCCAUCAAACAUAAGCGAGCGUUCCAAGAAUCUCUUCUGUUUCCUUAUGGUGGUCGACGAGGUCUCUCUCGACUUCUUAAGCAAAAACACUACUGUGAGGAAAGAUGCUCAAGGAGGCAAAUGGGUUGGCAUGUGGCGUCUGGUUCUACUCAAGACUCCUCCAUAUGAUGAACCUAGGAGGAACGGUAAAGUCCCGAAAAUCUUAACUCACAGGUUGUUCCCUGAAGCACAGUACAGCAUUUGGAUUGAUGGGAAAAUGGAGCUCAUUGUCGACCCCUUGCUUAUUUUAGAAAGGUAUCUGUGGCGUGGGAAGCAUACCUUCGCCAUUGCUCAACACAAACAUCACCGAAACAUAUACGAGGAAGCUGAUGCGUGCAAGAGGAGAAAGCGAUAUGCCCGACCUCUGGUUGAUCUUCAUAUGAAAAUAUAUCGAUACGAGGGAUUGGAACCAUGGAGCAUCAAGAAGAGCACUGUUAGUGAUGUUCCAGAGGGAGCGGUGAUAAUAAGAGAGCACACUGCAAUGAACAAUCUGUUCAGCUGCCUGUGGUUCAACGAGGUGCACCUGUUAACACCGAGGGACCAGCUAAGCUUUGGGUACGUAGUGGACAGACUAAAAGGAGCCUUCAAGGUGUUCAUGUUUCAGAACUGCGAGUACAACUCUCUGUUUGAGCUGCACCCUCACAUCCGAGAGCACUCCUCAAAGAUCGAGUGGGUCAAGAGUCUUAAGGAACUCAAAGGGAAAGGAGAGAGUUUGAAGGAGAGCCGAGGCGGGUUUGGGCUCUGGACUCCUUAUCCUGGGGAUCUUGAUUCCGUUGAGCUACCAAAAGUAGUAAGAACUUCUAAAGCUGGUUGA